GGCCCACUCCCUCUGGAGCCCGUUCGCCUCACACCCCAACUGUGUGAAACAAACCCCAUCCGCUUCCUCCAGCUUUCUCGCUCGGCCGGAGCGGCGCGGCGCAUCCCACCACUCCCUCUCCCGCCCCCGACCCGUCGCAAUGGCCGCCGCGGCCGCGAUCUCCGCGCCCCCAGGGCCUCCCCGCCUCGCGCUUCACCUCCCCCCCUCCCCCUCCUCCCCCGCCUCCUCGCUCCCGAUGCGCGCGCUCCCCGCCCUGCGCCGCCGCCUCCGCCCGCUCACCACCGCCGUCCACGCCGUCAAGCAGGACGCGGCCGUCUGGACGCCCGCGCCCGUCUCCGCGGUCGGCGCGGCCACCGCCGACGGCUCCAUCUUCCACGUCGCCGUCGACCUCUCCGACGCCGCGGACAUCGCGGAGUCCUACACGUCGCCGGGGCAGUACCUCCAAAUCCGCGUGCCCUCCGGCGCCGGCGAGGAGAUCAAGCCGGCGUUCAUGGCCGUCGCCUCGCCGCCCGGCACCGGCACGCGGUUCGAGUUCCUCGUCAAGUCCGUGCCGGGGACCACCGCCGAGCGCCUGUGCGGGCUCCGCGACGGGGACGUGGUGGAGCUCGGCGCGGUCAUGGGGAAGGGGUUCCCCCUCGACAGGAUAACGCCGCCGGACGCCGCGCAGACCGUGCUCAUCUUCGCAGCCGGGACGGGGAUCAGUACUAUCCGUUCACUUGUUGAGUUUGGUUUUGGUGCCAAUGAAAGAGCCGAUGUGAGACUUUAUUAUGGUGCCAGAAGUCUGAAGACUAUGGCAUAUCAGGAUAGGUUUAAGAAUUGGGAGUCAGCAGGACUUAAAAUAGUCCCAGUCCUAUCACAACCGGAUGAUAGUUGGAAAGGUGAACGUGGAUACGCUCAGCAUGCUUUCUUGAGAGCCAAGAACAUAGUAAAUCCAUCUUCUACAGCAGCAGUGCUAUGUGGACAGAGGCAAAUGCAAGAGGAAAUCACCACAGCCCUUGUUGCGGAUGGUGUAUCACAGGAUAAAAUUUUGACCAACUUCUAGAAACGAUCUCCAGCCUCCUGUAUUGUACUACGAUUCAUUUGGCCUCGUUUUGUAAAUCUUGAUUCUUAGACCUCACUGCCAUGUUCCAUGAAUAUACCCACCGAACCUCAGAGAGGAACAAGGCCCCACUAUUUUUUAUUUUAUUUUAUUCGUUGCACGUAUUUUGUGUAAUGUAUUAGCAGAGUACGACAACUUUGCCCUGAAAUCCAUACGGGCAUACGGCCAUACGCCUGUGAACCAUCAUCUUUCUUCUCCUUGGUAGCAGCACAAAGACCAAGCUUUCGGCUAGCUGGUGCUAUUCAUCAAGUCUUUCCAAGGCAACAUCAUCAGCGACGGCUCUCACGGCGUAUCCUGGCGCAGACUGGGCCUCAAGUGCGGCAUACUCAAAUCAAAUGAUGGCAUGUAUGCACUACCUUGCAAAUCUAUUUGUGGCAGCGUUUGUUUUGCCUGCCCAUCAAUUUUGGUUUGUCACUGCUUUAUUAGUUUGUGAGCCUCGGCAUAGUAGCGCAAGGGAGAAACCUUGCAUGCAAUGACAAGAUGCAAUUGUGCCGUCACUCU